AGAGGUAUAGUGUCUGAUACAGUUGAUACACCGACUCUACAGGGUGAUAGAUCUGAUAUAUAUGUCAAAAUCUGCGACUGUUUAUAUCUGUCCAUGCACAGCAAGGGUGUUUAUGUUUUAUACCGGAAAAUAUUGCUUUGAUUAUUGUAUUAUGUUAGAUGAUAAUUAAUUGCUUUACAUGUUUUAAUUUGUGAAUAUGGAAGCUCGGAAUGUGCAGCAGUGUCAAGCAAUUAUUGAAAACUACGAUCCAGCUACUAUGACCAUAUGCUGCGUGCCAACUAUAUGUCAUGUUGGAGAGCCCAUUCAUUUAGAAAAUUUAUCUGACGCUGUUAAAGUUAUAUGCAAUAACGAGAGUUGUUUAGAGGGCGAGUACAUGCAUAAGAUAUGUUUCGAUCAGUGGGAAUACACAGUGUUGACAUUUUUGCGCUCAACCGGCCGCGCUCGUAGUUGGAGUGAAAAACAACGUUUACAGAAUUUGUGGACUAAAAAAGGGUAUGAUUUGGCAUAUAAAGCUUGUGGUUGUAAAUGUGGUAAAGGGCAUUUACGCAAAGAUCUUGAUUGGACUCCACCAUUAGGUGUAGUUGAUGAUCAGAAUAAAAGAAAGAGACAUAGAAAGAAAAAAAAUGAUAAACCAAGUCUUUCUAUUACCGGCAGUACAGCAGUCUCUAAACCUGGAAUGACUAUUGGACAGCAAGUUCCUGUUAAUCGCAUUCGUAGUUCAAGCAUGUCUAGCACGAGCUCUACAUCUGGUAGCCCUCCCAAUUCUGCAUCAUCUGAUUGUCCCCUUUCUCCUAGUUGGGGUAACAAAAAUUUAAUACCAGAACGUCGGGAGCGACACGCGAGUGGCAGUAUGUUCAGUCGUCGUCAAGAUUAUUCUUCUUUCAAUACAUUGCCUCGUAACAAAAUCAAUUCAUACCACAUCAAAAUUGAGGAUGAAGGUAACCAAGGAAAUGAUGAAAUAAGGUGCUUUAUUUUAUCCACACUUAGUGCUAAUAAAACUGUGGGCAUCAAUUGUAUAUUUUGUUAUAGUCAAAUGAUAAUUUUUGAUCGGUAUCCAUUGAUUGAUGGAACUUUCUUUAUUUCACCUCGCCAAUAUUCCUGCAGCUCUAUACCUGUCAAAAAUUCUAGCCAAGUUCAUUAUUUGAAUGCUGUGUGUAUGGGCUGUUUGGAAGGCUGGAAUACAGUUCUCUUAUGUAGAUACUGUCAAAGACAUUGGGAUGGAAGUGAUUUGAUCCUUGGCACAAUGUAUUCUUAUGAUGUGAUUGCUGCUACCCCAUGCUGUCAAGAGCGUUUGAGAUGUAACAAUUGUCAAAGAGUUAUUAUAUUGCCUGAACGUAGACUGCAGUUUUUCAGUGACUAUAGUCGUAGUACUGCAUGUCCAAGUUGUGGUUCAGUUGACUAUCAUUUUAUAAAACCUCUUUCAUCCUUCAAUCUAAAAUCUAAUUCAUGUUAAUUUUUGUUUUCUAAGUAGUUGAUCUAACUUUCAGGGUAUAAGUUAAGGUACAAGUAUUAUAUUAUAAGCAAAUAUUAAGCAUUAUAAGUUUUCAUCAUCAUUGUAAAUCUAGAUUUAAGUGCUGUUGAAAAUUAUGGGUAUGAGAAUUAAGAAACAAAUUUAUAGAUUCCUCAAAUUGCUUUCUUUAUCUUCAUCAUUUAUAGUUUAUCUUAAUAUUGUUUGCUCGACAAAUAAGGAACAGUAUUUUAUGGUUGCUCUUUUGGGUUUAAUUCCUUUUGUGAUUUUAUAUUUUUUAAACUAAACAACUAAAAUGAUAGUUGUUAUGUUGUUAUUUAGUUGUGUGCCCUUUUCACAUGGCCUGUUAUAUCAGCAAUUAUAACAGUCCAUGUGAAACUAUUUUGAAAAUGAUUGUUUUUGACAUUUAUAUUUUAAAAUGUAUUAAAUAUCAAUAAAUUUUAUUGUAUUCUUUAUGAAAGUUAUCUAAAUUUUAUUGAAUGAAUUAAUUCUUGAAUAUUUAUUUUGUAAUUUUCCUUUUUGACUAAUUUAAGGUUUAUUUAGUUCAAAACAGAAAACGAACAUAGAAAUGAAAAGUAUUUCUCAUGUAUGUGUUUGGAUGUUAUGUGUUGUCAUUUAUAAUCACCAUGCAUUAUGGUCUUCCCAGGUUUAAAAUGAUACAAAAUUUUUAAUAAUUAAUUUUAAGUAUUAUAAAUUGUGUUUGUUGCUUUUUGAAAAAAUGCUGCAAUAUUUUUUACAAAAACUUUUGGAUGCUUUUAGAAUAAGUAAAUCUGACUAUAGGCAUUAUAUCAUUCAUGUUAAUCCAUUUAUGAACAGGUGUUGUUGGACUUGUUGUGUAAAAUAUUUUGCAGUAGUUGAAAUAUGAUUAAUUACUAUUUCAACAAUUAUAUUUAAAUUUAAAUAAGCAAUUUUUGCAAAUGCUAAUGAAUUAACAUUUUGCAAAGUCUGUCAGUUGUUUUAACUUUCAUAUGCUUCGAAUUACAGCUGUUUUCCCCCUUAAAUCUGGAAUUUGUAAUUAGUUGUUGUAACUUGUUAUAAUCUGUGAAAUAUAGCAAUAUUUUGUAUUAUCAGGAAUUGAUUAUAACUAUGCAAUUUUUCAGCAAUAAUCCAAUUUUCAUAUGCAAUUUUUCAGCAAUAAUUCAGUUAAUUUUCAGAUUAUGGUACGGUAUCAAGUUCCUGCAAAAUGUUUCAUGAAAUUAGGUCUGGUUCAUAUAACGAUGUGGCAUAUAAUUUUGUAUGUCAGUUACUGAUUUAUAAUCGUACAAAGUACCUAUAAAGUAUGCAAUGGAUUUGAUCAGUAACAAAUUCUUUUUUUAGUACUUAAAAUAAUCUGUGUACAGUAAUGAAUUUUUAUUACAGUCCAGAAGUACAUAAAUUUUUUCUCAAAUUCUUUGAUCUGUAUUGUGUAAUAUAACAUUUACAGUUUUUCUGUAAACAGUGAUGAAAUAUUUUGCUCUGAAAUAAAUAAAAAAAAAUCAUUUUCUGCUUGUAACAGUCCAUCUUGACAAACUUUUAAAUAUCCAAUUUCUUCAUUAUCAUUUUUUCAUUUUCACUGCUGUACUCACCAAACCUGACACUAUCUGCCUUGUAGUUCUUCAUGCGAGAAACUUUGCAACAUCAGAAGUACUGAAUGUUUGUUCAGAAUAAAUUCCACAUCAUCCGUUUAUCAUUUUAAAUUAUAUAUUAACUUGUACCAUAUACUGAAAAUUAGCCUGUUCUGCAUUCUAUAAGAAGUAUGCUUUUAUUCUCUACAAAAAUUGAAAUAAACUAUGAUUGCGUUAUAACCAUACAGGUUAUAUUUUUUCCAUUCAUGCAUUAAAAAACUCAUUUCGCUCAUGCAUUAAAAAUGUCGUUGUCUAAGAUUCAUUUUAUUAUAAAAAAUACACACUAGGCUUUGUUUGUUAUCAGUUGGCUUAAGACGGUGUAGCGUACAAAGACUGCAAGUCACAUAAGUGCCCUCUAGUUCUUUAAAUUCGUGAUUAUUUAAAACAGAGCCAAGAAAGUACAAAGCAUGUUGAUGGUAACAGACUGUGAUUUUGGUCGUAAUCUUUUGCACUUACUUUUAUAUGUAAUUAAGUGGGGGGAGAAAUAAUUUUUAUUCUGCAUAAAAUGAGGAAAAUUUCUUCGAGUAAUUUUCUUCAUUUUAACAAUAAAUAUAUAAAAUGAGAACCAAUAUGUGCCAUAGGUAAUAAGUAGAAAGGUUACUCUGUCACUUUCUCUCUCUCUUUUUAUAUAUAUAUAUAUAUAUUGUGUAUGUGCAUAAAUUAAUUUUAUCCGGGAAAAAUAUUGAAUUGUCGUAAGGAUCCAGAUUAAAAAUCUAAAGCUAGAAGGAAAAUGUAAAUGUAUUCUCUUUUUGGCAAUAAUCUUUUGAUAUAUAAGUAAAAUUAUGUUUAAAAGCAAAUGCUGCUUUAUAAUUUUGCUGUUGUCUUCUACUGGUUAAUGAGUAUAUGAGGUAAAUGUCAUUAAUUAAUUUUUUUUCUUGCAUGUGUUUUAAAACUUAGUAAAUAGAGAAAAGAAGUAAGGACCCCCCCUCCCCAAAAGUCUGAUUUUCAAUUGAUUCUGGCCUUGUUUCUCUUCUGUUCUGCAGCAUAUUCUGAACAUGGGAAACAAAAUUUCUUUUAAAAUGUUCUGUUGCAUAGUAGAAUAUUAUUAAAUUUUUAAAAUGAUUCACACCAGGCUUUGUCAAAUGCACAGAUUAAGCUGACUUCUAUGUGGAAUAGUUUUGGCUUCUUUUAUUUAGUAACCUUUCAGUCUCUGAAUAUAAUGACCAAUUUUUAUCCGAUCGGGAUUUACUUCCAUUUUAUGUUUAUUAUCAUAUUUUUUAGUAUAUUUUGCUCUGUAACCAAAUUUCCAUGAUCUGCAGGUUAUAAUUGUAAAUUAUGGUGCUCAUCAAAGUAAUGAAUAGCACUUUAAAAUUCUGUAACUCCUUGUUUAUCUGUGUGUUGUAAUUAAAGCCUUCGUCCUAGCUUGA